UUUCAUUCAUUCACUCAACUUAUUUGCCGUCAAAUUUGAAAGGUGUAAAAUUGUUGGUGCUUGUUUCUGAAUCAUGUUUUGAUUUUUUUAUUUACUUGAGGCUGAGUUGGUUGCCUGGUUGGACAUUAAAGGACAAUGAAAAACGAAGUGAAUAGUAUCGAAAAUUGUAUCCACUUCAGUUUAUGGAUAUUAGCAUGUUUCUAUUCCUUGUUUAAAUUAUUUCACGCGCAGACAGAAAUUAUAGACAGUAAUCCGGAACUCAGGUAUGAAAUAAGGGACUUAAAUCCAGGCUGGCGAUUGAUAUCGAGGCAGAAAGAUGAGUCUGAUGUUGAGUGGAGUACAUGGAAGUACCUCAUACAGACUUCAUGGUUCUAUUUAUUAAUACAAUUUUUUGUAUCGGAAAUCAUUCGAAGAACCAAUGCCGCCUUAAUAAAAUAUUGGUACAUUUUAUCCAGUAUAAUUUUCAUAAUAAAUUACAUGGGUGUUAGGCAGUUGGCAAUAAUUCUUGCCCAACCUGUAAUAUUUUUGGCUAUUAUUUUUUCUGGAGGGAAAAAGAUCAGCAUAUGGUUGACAAGCAUUUUUCUGUUGGCUGGGUACAAUUCAUUAAAGUAUAAGUAUUUCUUUUGGCACUUUCUGGACACUGAAAAUUUGGAAGACGAAGAAGUUUUCGUGAUGCUAUAUGCAAUAGCAUGGGUUGAAUUAAGAUGCAUUAGUUUCUGUCUUGAUUACGUAGACAAAAGAGAGAAGUGUUUGCAAGCUGAAAAUGAAUCAAAAGAAAUAGAAACCACGAGAUAUAAAGAUCUUAUAGAUAUGUUCAGUUAUGUAUUGUACCUGCCUUUAUUAUUUGUUGGGCCAAUAAUACUUUAUGAAGAAUUUGAAAGAAGUUUUCAUGUCAGCAAUAAAAGCUUGCAGAUGAGGCUAAAAAGUUUUAUUUUGGAUAUGAUUCGAUUUCAAAUUUAUUCAAUUUUACUGGAAGUUGCAUUCCACUAUGUUUACUUUUUUGCGAUGCAGAGUCAGAUUGAGGCUAUACAUAAGUUGCCAUCGCUUGCACUUUGUGGGGGAGGGUUGUGGAUGGGAUUAGAGUUUCACAUGAAAUAUGUCAUAUCUUAUGGAACGACUGCUGCAUAUUCAAGACUAGACAAUAUUGACCCUCCACCAACACCCAGGUGUAUAUUCAGAAUCCAUGUUUACUCACAAAUGUGGAGAUACUUUGAUGUGGGCCUGUACAGGUUUUUGUUGAAGUACAUCUACAGACCAGUUUUCAUCACAUUGUCUAAUAGUUUUAAAAUUGCUAAGAUUACUUACAAAUUGAUUUCAUCUCUUAUUACAUUUAUGUUUAUAUUUAUGUGGCAUGGGACUAUGUGGAAUAUAUUUGUAUGGUCAGUUUUAAAUUAUGUAGGCAUUGUAAUUGAGUAUGUUGGUAAAGCCGUGGCACAGAGUGAAAGAUACAAACUAUUCAAAGCUAAUGUACUACAUACAAAUGCAAUGGAAGUCAGAUUCACUGCAUUUUUAUGUGCACCGCUAUUAGGUUUAUCAGCUAUAUCAAAUUUCUAUUUAUUUGCGGGUAGUGAAGUUGGUAAUCUAUAUUUUGAGCUGCUUAAGUGGCCAUCAUUUUACAAUUGUUUCAUAGUUUACAUUUCUUUGUAUUGUUGCUGUCAUGUUGCUAUUGCUUUGCAUGAUGUUCCUUCAAGAACUGAUGUAAAAAAGAAAGAAAGUAAGACUGUAUUCUAAUAAUAUUUAUACAUACUAUAAUUUGACUGAAAUCAGUAUUAUCAAUUAGGGCCAAUAUUUUUAAUUAUCUUUAUAUAAUCACAAUAAAUAAUACUCUUACAUAAUAACUGAAGUACAAAAAUAUUAAUAGGCAAUCUUAAUUUGUGAACAGUCAAGGACUACUUCAAUUCUGCUUAUCUGCUAUAGCAUAGCUAUAAAUAGACUAUUGUCUCGAAAAACAUCACAUUUAUUUAUGUUAUUUAUUUAAUAUAUACAAACUUAUUAUACAGAUAGUUGUUCAGUCUGAAAUGCCCCUGUUUAUGACUUAUAUU